CUACAUAGAUGAUAGUAUGAGAAGGAAUGGGUUUAUUGAUAAACAAACAUUAGCUCCAAUUGAAAAAAAUCCUACUUUAUUUGACAACAAUUAUGCAAUAAGUGUAGUCAAUAUUUUUGUCAACUAGAAGAAAUGCUAAUUUAAACAGACAAUAUGAUUAUUUACACACAUUGUGUAGUUUCAAAUUCUUGUUUAAAAAAAAUUUAAUUCUAAAUUUACCAAUGGUCACUUUUAUUUUUCAGUCGUCAGUUUUAUUAGUCUGAUCGUUUAAAUUUAAAAAUUUCAAUUAGAAAAUGGCACGAGGAGGUGUUGUCGCUGGGGACGAACUCAUAGUGAAUAAUGAAGUCGAUGUUUCGAACACAAUGCCGGCAGAUUAUUCAUUUCGCAAGUUAAAACAUUUAGAUGAUUUGGAAGGCGCUCGUCCUCGUGUAAUGAGAGUAGGAAGAGAUGUAGUGAGAGGUCCGUCGGGAAGGAUUCUUUCGAGUGCUCUCUGGCUUAAUAAUAACAAUCUUGAAAGCAUGAGGUUUAUCACAUGUUUUGUUAACACAUUACUGGAAGCACCAAAUCAGUUGCAAUGGCUUGACUUUUCUUUUAACAACAUCAAAGAAAUCCACGAGGAUAUAUUAAAGUUUACAAACCUAAAAAUACUUUAUCUUCAUGGUAAUUGCAUCAAUUCCCUGUCCAAUGUUGGCAUGCUUAAAUGCUUGAAGAAAUUACGCUCUCUCACAUUGCACGGUUGCCCCGUAGAGACAAUCCCUUUUUACCGACAGCAUGUAAUUAGUAUGAUACCACAGUUGAAAAAUCUAGAUUUUGUUACUAUUACACCGAAAGAAGCCAAUGCACCUCCACCUCCAGGAUUUAAUGCUGCUGAUACUGAAUUAGAAUAUGAAGAUGAUUGAUAUGAUGUUUUCAGUUUUUCUUAUUUAUAAUCUAUGCACCUAAAUAAAGUAGGUUGUUUAAUUUAAACGGCAACAAA